AUGAAGACGACGAAAAGGAGGAGAAGCCACCACCGCCCAAAGUUCUUUUUUUGCCUUCUCCUCGUUUUUUUUUAUUUCGUCGGGGCAAAAACGACGACAAAAACAACGAGGUUUUUCUUUGAAGUGGAAGGAAAAGAAGCGAAGAAGGUAAAGCCAUCGGAGGAGGAUUUCGGAGCGAUUCUAAUCAGCGAAAUCAUGUACAAUCCGAUCAAAACUAAGUCGUCGGAAUCUUCUUCGCCAGAGGUGACGACGGAUGAUACCGAAAAAAAAGCCAGCGGCGAGUGGGUUGAGUUUCUGAAUCCAAGCGGAACGGACGAGGUUGACGUGAGCGGGUGGUUCUUCUCGGACGAAAAGAAUCUGGCGAAGUCCUCUAUGUUCCAGUUUCCUUCGAACACGACGAUAAAACCGAAAGAGAGAAUCGUAGUUGCGAAGAAUGUGACCAAGUUUGAAAUCGCUUACGGCGAAAAUGAAGGCGCGAGCGACGUCGUCAAAGACGCCGCGUUACCGUUCAGACUCAACAACAAAGGCGAAAAGUUACUCUUGUUGAACGCAAAAAAAGAGAUAGUGCACGAAGUCGAAUACAACGAUAAAGCACCGUGGCCGAUUGUAUUUGCAGGAUACUCCAUCGAGUUGACAUCGCAAAAGAGCGACGCGAACGACCCCUUCUCGUGGGUCUCUUCGUUGACGUUCGGAGGAACGCCCGGUCGCGAAAACUCCGUAGAGUUGGUCAACAAAUUGGUAAACAAUUGA